AUGGCAGGUUCAAGUCCGCAUCCCGAGCUGGAUGACGAGGCGAGAGUCGUCGAGAUCAUCGCCAUCCUGUCCGUGGCGAGCAUCCUCUCAACGCUAGUCGUCGCCUUGCGCUGCUACUCCCGCGCCGUCAUCCUCAGAUCUUUUGGGUUGGAUGACGCCAUCAUGCUUCCGGCACAGAUCUUGACGCUCGCAACUGCCGUGGCAAUCGGACUUGAAACCAAAUACGGCCUCGGCCGCCACCGCUGGGUGAUAUCUGAUGAAGACUUCAUCUCUUAUAUGAAGUCGUUUUACACCUCCAUCAUCGUCUACAACGUCGCGGUCUGCCUGACCAAGAUUUCCAUCUUGCUACAGUAUAAGCGCAUCUUCAACAAUACCAUGCUCCGCAAGAUCAUCACCGCUGGCCUUGUCUUCCUGACGUGUUGGGGUGUCAUGCUUUGCUUCCUGCUGCCCAUGGUCUGCAUGCCCGUCGCGAAAUUUUGGCGCCCUGAAAUCGACGGGUUCUGCCUCGACAGCGGUACCAUUUGGUACGUCAUGGCGGGCGUCAACAUGGUGACCGACUUCUCCCUCUUCACCAUGCCCAUCCCGGUCAUCAGCUCGCUGCAUCUGCCCAGGAAACAAAAAGGCAUCCUUUUGAUCGUCUUCACCCUCGGCAUCUUCCCCUGUGCCGUCUCCAUCUACCGCAUCACGACUCUCCACGCCGCCGCAAAGUCCACCGACGUCACCUGGGACAACGUCAAUGCCGCGACCUUCUCCUUCCUCGAGCUGACCGUCGGCGUCAUCACCAUCUGUCUGCCCACGCUGCGGCCCGUCCUCGUGCACGCCAUGCCGCACAUCUUCGGCUCGUUGCUGCGGUCCGCCGGCCACACGGACCCCACGGGCCCCACGGGCGGCCGUGCCAGCCGCACCCCGUUCGGAGGGGGCGGCAGCGUGCUCGCAACCAUCCGCGGGACCGCCGGCGGCGGUGGUGGCGCCGCCGCCGCCGCCGCCGCGUCGUCGUCGUCAUCCGGCGGGCCCAACUCGCUGUUGAAGAGCAACACGCUGCGCGGGUCGGAGAGCACCGAGGGGCUGCGGCUGUCGGACGAAGAGACGGUGCUGCCGCGCAGCCGGCUGGACAACGACAUCGAGUUCGGGGUGCUCGACAACAAGAAGCUGCACAGCCCGGGCAGCAAGAGGUACAGCGUGAGCGUGGUGGGGGGAGGGUGGGGGCCGCCGGCGAGCAACGGCCAGCAGCCGGGCGCGAGCGACGUGGAGCUCAGCGGGAUCAAGACGACGACGGUGGUCACGCAGCAGGUGACGUUGGCGGCCCCGGAUGAGGAAGAGGGGAAGAGGCACAGGGUGACGGAGACCGUCUGAGGAGGAGGGGAAGUGUGUGUGGACUGACUCGGACAAGAUCUAACGUACCGAUCCUUGUGCAUACGUUGUUUUGUUUUGAGACGUUCUAGAGAUACCAAGGCUUUAAUGUAUGUCUUGUAAUCAUCAUUUUUCAUG